AUGAAGAAACAUAGAACUUAUUUUGAUCUCUAUCUGCCACCAUUGUACGAGCUCAACCACUUAGACAAGUUUUUUCUGCCGGAACGUGAGGAAAUUUGCGUAACAAUCCCAAACAGCAAACGAAGACUACUUUUACUUCAACUUCUCAGACCAUUUCAGUUUGAUGUGUGGAUUUUUGUACUAGGAAUUUUAGUGGUUAGGCUUACUGUCCCAAGGCUAUUACUCAUAUUGCUAUUGAUUUGGCUAGAAUUCUUGUGCAUUGAGUCAUAUCCAGCAAAAGCUAUGGCAUUUCUUGCAACUUUGAGGUAUCAAUCACCACCACAUACUUUGGCUGAAUUGGAUGAGCUGGAGUUCCCAUUCUGGGUCUACCCAGCGGAAUUGAUUAUUCUUGAAAAUUACAAAAAUCUGCGUAUCGAACUAGUCACUCAUCACUCGAUGACAGUGCAAAAAUUAGACCAAUGUGCUACAAUCCAACGCUGUAAGGUAGCCGAAUACUGGCUGAACCACGAGUUGAACUUUAAUCUGGAAAACAACGACAGAAAGUUCAUUCUGUUGGAGGAACGUCCCUAUAACUUUGCCGGAGCCUAUCACUUUGCAAGGUUGAGUCCUUUCAUCAACAAAUUUCAGCAAUGCAUCGGACAGCUAUUUGAUCCCGGAAUUCGGUACAAGAUUCAGAAUCCCUGGAAGAGUAGCGUGGAACAUUUUACAACGUCGAUAAAUAUGGACGAACGGUACAUCAAGUUCAAGGAUUUGAACAAUUUGUGGAUUUUGCUGAUUGUGGGGCUUUCU